AUGAACAGCACUGUCGGGGACCUAGGUAUUGGCAGCUGCACCCCAUGGGAUGACCCUGCUCGCUUCAUCGUUGUGCCUGCAGCCUACUCCCUGGCGCUGGCCCUAGGGCUACCUGCUAACGUGGCCGCCCUGGCAGUGUUCGUCCGCAUUGACGGGCACCUGGGCGAGGCCCUGCGACUCUACCUGCUCAACCUGGCCUUGGCUGACGUGCUCUUCACGCUCACGCUGCCGCUGUGGCUCACCUACUACCUGGGCCCGGCCCACUGGCCCUUCCCGGAGGCUGCCUGCCGCGCGGCUGGGGCUGCCUACUAUGUGUCCACCUACGCAGCUGUGGCCUUCGUGGCACUUAUCAGCGUGUGCCGUUGCGAGUCGGUGCGAGGGCCCGGAUCCGGUCCAGUUGCGCGCCCUAUGCUGCGCCGCCGGGGCCCCGCCCGGGCUGCCUGCGCGGCCGCCUGGCUGGCAGGCAUGGCCUGCGCUCUGCCCUCGCUGGCCACGCCCCACGCGCUGCGCCCGGGCCCGGGAGGUUCCGCUCGCUGCCUCGAGUACGGCUGGGCACGCUCCGGCCUGGCCUACGCCACCGUGGCCUUCUUCGCGGCUGCUUUCCUGCUGGUGCUCGCGGCUUACGUGAGCCUGGCGCGGGCUCUCGCGGCGCCCUCGGGCCCAGGCCCGACUCCCGCAGGCCCGCACCGACGCGCCGCCAGGACCAUGGUCUUGGGACUAUUACUCGUCUUCGUCGUUUGCCUCGCGCCCUACCACCUGCUCCUGGCGCCCUGGGUAGCCAGGCAGGAGGGCGGCGCAGGUGGCGGGUGUCACGCCGCCUCCACGCUUGACGUUCUGCACACCCUCAGCCUGGCGCUGCUGAGCCUCAACAGCUGCCUGGAUCCACUCAUUUACUGCUUCUCAGUACGCCGCUUCCGCCAAGACUGCUGGGCCCUGAGCCGCCGCGCCGGCUGGAGGGGUCCCAGCGCACACCAGACUUCUUUUAUCCGUUCUUAG